AUGUUCGACACGGUCUGCACGCUUCCGCUUUCCUCGGACCUGUUCGCUCAGGCUAUCCACCCCGAGGAGCCCGUAGUCUCUGUCGGUCUAGCCUCGGGCCACGUCCAGACCUUCCGACUGCCUUCCUUAGAAGGAGAGGGUGACGAAGAUGCCGCACCGAGUUCGUUGGCCCGGACCGGAAAGGGCCACAUUGACACAAUGUGGAGAACUCGGCGACACAAGGGUAGCUGUCGCACCCUAGGGUUCAGUACGGAUGGCAAGAUGCUCUACUCGGCUGGUACAGACGGUAUGGUGAAAGCUGCAAUCAGUGAGACUGGUCAGGUGCAAAACAAGAUUGUGAUUCCUUUUGAGAAGAACGGCUCCAUUGAUGCGCCAACCAUGAUUCACGCCCUCUCUCCUCAAACCCUCCUCCUCGGUACCGACUCGAGCGCUCUGCAUCUCUACGAUCUCCGUAUCCCCUAUUCUAAGGUGUCCGCGCGACCUGAACAAACGCACCACCCCCAUGACGACUACAUCUCCUCUCUUACUCCUCUGCCGGCUUCCGAAACUAGCACAUCGGGCUUUAGCAAGCAGUGGGUUACAACCGGUGGAACAACCUUGGCCGUGACAGAUCUCCGAAGGGGCGUUCUGGUGCGCAGCGAGAACCAGGAAGAAGAACUGGUCAGCUCGAUCUUCAUGGGUGGUCUGCCCUCCAGCGGAACCAGUAGAGGCGAGAAGUUGAUUGUUGGUGGAGCCAGCGGUAUCCUCACUCUCUGGGAGAAGGGCGCGUGGGAUGACCAGGAUGAGCGGAUCUACGUCGACCGCAAUGCCGAUGGCGGAGAUUCCAUCGAGACAAUGGCAGUUGGGCCUGACUACUUGGGCAAGGUUGUGGCCGCAGGCCUCUCAAACGGAAAAGUGAAAUUUGUGCGCAUUGGACCGAACCAAGUCGUUUCCGAGGUUGUGCACGAUGAGAUCGAUGGUGUUGUAGGCUUGGGCUUUGACGUGGAGGGCCGGAUGGUCUCUGGUGGUGGCCAAACCGUCAAGGUGUGGCACGAGGCUGAGGAAAAUAUUGAAGGAUCUGGCGACGAAGACAUGGAUGAUAGUGAUGACGACAAGGAUUCGGAUAACAGCGAUGCGGAACGUCGCGAGGAUACAAAGGACCGAAAGAAGCGCAAGAAGUCUAAGGGCAAGGACCGCACUGGUGGACAGCAUGUCAUGGCGUUCCAUGACUUGGACUAA